AAUGUAUUAAAAUAAAUAAAUAAAACACAUUAAACAAUAUGUGUAAGUUUUGAACAAAUCAGUUCCCAAGAUUAGUAUCUCAGUUGUUGAUUUGGGACAGGGAAAACAAGUGGUUGGGCUUAGUUGUGUUCAGAAGGGGGCGCGCUUUGGCCCUAAAGAAUAUCACUCGACACCAAAAGAACAAAACGUCAUAGGUAGCUAGGUCACGUUGUCUAAGCGGGUGUGUGGAGUCUUAAGAUAGAUAUCUACAAUAUUUAGCUGAAUAUAUAACGUGGUUCCUUCAUAUUUUUGUUUCUAUUGAGUGGCUUCACAAAGGUUUUACAACGUUCAAGUGCUUAGUACGCACGGGAUCAUGUCAAGCGCGUGUCAGGACCGAAACACUCGGUUGCAAAACAUCCAAAAAGGACUGCAGUUUAUCCAGUCUACCCUGCCCUUUCCUGGUACUCAAGAACAAUAUGAGGUAUUUAUUCAGGAACUGGUGAGGAACCUGUAUGGCGAGGGAAACGAUGUGUUCCGUGAAGGUGAAUGGGCCCGAUCAGUUGAGCUGUAUUCUGAGGCGCUGAACAUCGCAGAAUACGCAGAUUCUGAAGAAAUCAGCAUAGCUUGUGAAAUGAGGGAAAAGCUCCAUGCUAACCGUGCGGCAUCCUACUUAAACAUUGGCCUGCAUGAUCAAGCCUUGGAGGACUGUGAAAAGGCUCUUCAGCUGAACGACAGCAACUACAGGGCCUUGUACCGGAAGGCCAGGUCACUGAAGGAGCUGGGGAGGCACCAAGAGGCCUAUGAAGCUGUGGCCAAGUGCUCCAUGACGGUGCCCCAGGAUGCUAGUGUAAUUCAACUGACCCAGGAGCUUGCCAAAAUGUUGGGGCUAAAAAUUCGAAAAGCUUAUGUCAGAGGCAAGCCUGCCUUAAACGUGUUGUCUGGAUCAAGUAUAUCAGGAGCAGCAAAUGAAAAGCAUUCUCAGAGUCCAGUUUCUGUGGAGGACAUCGAAACAGAUGAGUUGCGGUCUGGCCAGGGUGUUGGUGCUUCAUUGCCAGUAAGCAUUCCAGCAUGUCCUCCUGUGACCGAGGUGGUAGACGUGGAGUCUCUGCCUGCCCCUGUCAACAUGAUGCCUACUGUGCCCCCUGCUGAACCUGGCAACCCUGAGGCUGUUCCCGUGGCCGUGCAUGUGCCUCAGGUGAAUGGCUCCAGGUCCAAUGAGCCUUACCCAGCGCCACAGCCACUGGACUUUGGAGCAGAGAUCAUUGGGGAUGACCUGGAUGAGCUACUAGACAGCGUCACUCCAGCUGAGCCCUCUAUGGUGAUUCCUACAGUGAAGGGUCCUCUUCCUUUACCGACCAGUAUUGCCACUUCAAGUUCCAUGACUGCACCUCUCCACUUAACCCCUCACCUGGGCCAUUCAGUGCUCAUGCCACAGCAGUGCACUGUGAACCUUCCUGCACCUUACCACAAGCCCCCCUCCUCGGCCUACUCCCUCAGCCUGGAUUCCUUUUCUUCAGCACUGGACUCCCUGGACAGCUUGUCCAUUUCAGAACCUCAGCCAGCUUUUGGCCAGCAAUCUUUCAUGAUGGGCACAAGUGAAAGGAACGCGCCUUCCAUAUCAGCCAUGGGGAUGGUGUUUGGCGUGCCUGAUGGCAGCAAUUACACACAGGACCGUCUGCAACAAGUGGACCUAGCUAAAAACCCACUCGCUGACACCCAUGAGUUUAAACAAGCCUGUUCUACAUGCUACAUCAAAACUGGACCUGGAGUUCUGAACUAUGCCCAUCAUCCAGAGGAGCAUAAAUGUAAAAAGGACUUGUUGCUUGGAAGAAUCAAACAUGCAGAGCACCCUACAUGGAAACUAAUUCGCCCUAGGCCCACCAAAAACCAGUAUGAGGGGCCUUAUUAUAUUUGCAAAGAUGUAGCCAGUGGAGAAGAUUGUAAGUACCUCGGCCACUGCACGUUUGCUUAUUGCCAAGAGGAGAUUGAUGUCUGGACCCUGGAGCGUAAAGGCUUCAUCUCGAGGGACCUGCUGUGUGAUCCAUAUGGAGCUCGAAUGAAGAUCAGUCUCACUGUUGCCAAGAUUCUACAAGAGCACCAUGGGAUCUUUAUGUUCCUGUGUCAGGUGUGCUUUGAUCACAAACCCCGAAUAAUCAGCAAAACCAAUAAGGACGACCCCAGUCUUUGCUCUCAUCCAGUGACAAAGCAUCAGUUUGAAGGAAACAAGUGCCUGGUGCACGUUGUGAAGGACAACACAGUGAGGUACUCGAAGAUCCGGCCAUACCACCAGCAGUUCCAGCUGGACCUAUGCAGACAUGCGGUUCGCUAUGGUUGCCAGCGUGAGGACUUCUGCUUCUAUGCGCACACUCUCAUCGAGCUCAAAGUGUGGAUGAUGCAGCGAGAGCAAGGCAUAACCCAUGAAAGUAUUGUCCAGGAAGCAAAGAAGUAUUGGAAUACUGAGGCCACCUCGCAAAAGGACCUGCCAUCCACCUUAAGGAGGUUUGGUCCUCCCAACCUGAAGAUGCAGUUUGUGUGUGGACAUUGCUGGAGGAAUGGCCAAGUCAGUGAGCCUGAUAAGAACAAAAAGUACUGCAGUGCUAAGGCCAGGCAUCCCUGGUCUAAAGACAGACAGGUGGUCCUUGUAAGUUCAGUUGAACGGAAGAAGUGGACAACGGUUCGCCCUCUUCCAACACGAAAACCCGCCCCUUCGCAGUUUGAGAUUUGCAUGCAUGUGGCUGCUGGUAAGAAGUGCCAGUAUAUUGGGAACUGCACUUUCGCUCACAGCACAGAGGAGAAAGACCUGUGGACGUAUAUGAAAGAGAACAAUAUUGCGGAUAUGGAGCAGCUCUAUGAACUAUGGCUGCAGUCUCAGAAGCCAGGCUGGAGUGAGGAGAACUCCAGCACUGCUGGGAAGGAAAAUGGGAAGCAGAUUCACAUGCCCACAGACUAUGCAGAGGAAGUGGCUGGCAAUCACUGCUGGCUGUGUGGGAAGAACUGCAACAGUGAGAAACAGUGGCAGCAGCACAUCACUUCAGAGAAGCAUAAAGAGCGUGUGUUUAACUCUGAGGAUGACCAGAAUUGCUGGCAGUAUCGCUUCCCCACGGGAACCUUUAAAGUCUGUGAGCGGUUCCGGAAGGGCACGUGUAAGGAGGGAGAGCUGUGUAAACUGGCCCAUGGAGAGGAGGAGCUAAAGGAGUGGCAGGACCGUAGAGAAUUUCUUUUGAUGAAACUUGCCAAAGCCCGAAAUGAUCACUUGAUAGCUCCAAACGAUAAUGAUUUUGGCAAAUAUAGUUUUCUCCUUAAAGACAUAAAAUAAUUUUUAUUGUUAUUAAACAAUCUACCCAAGGUGGUGUCAGAAACUCUAAAGUGUUCGCAAGAUAGUAUUGAAGCAGAAGGCUUGGGUAAAGCUUCCUGCUGUCGCAGGGGAAAUGCCCCCUGUCAGUGUUUCAUUUUAAACAGGAACCACAGAGCUGGCCUUGUGUUCUGUGUAAUCAUGGCUUUGUUGCUUUUAUCAGAGAAAAAAGACACACCAUUGCCAUUUGUUACAGUUCAUUAGGUUCAAGCACAGCAGACUGAUAUUCAGCAUUCUUUGAUUAUUGUUCAGGCCAAGGACACCAAAGACGUAGUACAGUAUAAACAUGGUAGGCACAGCAGAUCACAUGAUGGUAUGAGAUGGUUGUUUUCCCUGCAUAUACGUUUCAGUAAAAUACAGUUUUCUCUUGUUGGAAUUUGGACCUCUGUAACUUUGCUUUACUUCUUGACUGUUAACUUUGUGCUGUAAUCUAUUCUGAAAGUAAGACCUGUUGGUAUUAUACAGAUCAACAAAACUCUCAAAAUAAAAUGCACAUUCCAAUUAGGUAUAAACUAUUCAGUGGUAAAUAUACAUUAAUCGCAAAAAGUGACAGGGUGAAAUAAAUUAACUCAGUGGGAGGCAGGCAUUGAAUGAAUGAGUGAAUAAAUAAAUAAAGGAUAAUUGGGGUCAAGAAGGUUUUUUUUAAUUUUUGAGACAUCCUUAAAAGUCUUUAUAUAUUAGAAGGGCAUUGGCAACUGACUCAGUCCCGACAAAGACUAUUAUCAGCUGUUUGAUCUUGUAACUCGCCCUCUAGUGUAAUUCCAAUGUAAGUCCUCUCAGAGACGCAACUUGCCUGGAUAUUAGAAUAAACACACAAGACCUCGGUGCCAUUUUAAGUUACUUAGGUUACUUGAGCGUCCAUGACAAAUACUCUUAAGAGGGCAGAGUUGUCUGAUAAAUAAUUCUACUGCAUUCUUAAUUCUGAUCAUGGGUAUGAAAAUAUGUACAUGGAGGAGUGCUUAUGUAGGGAGAAAUGUAACUGAAUUAUGUACCAAAAUAAAGUGUAUUUUGUUGCAUUGUU